GACAGUAUUGUGUAAACUCGCUAGGGGAAUAUACGCAUUUUUGCACAACAUUUAACACUAAAUAUUAAUUCCAAAUAAAAUCCCCGUCGCUUUUCCAUACGUAACAUGUAUUUUGUGUAGUUGAGAGUGAAAUUUCAAGAGAAACCGCCAUUUUGAAACCGGAUAGCAGCAGUUUGAAGAUAUCGAUAAUGUCGGACUCGGACACAAGCACAAGCGUCUUGCUGUUCUCGAAGAAGAUGAUCUCAACUCGUGAUCUCAUCGAGCUGGUGCGCCAGAAGCGGUGUCUGUGGGACCGGUGCCACCCCUCGUACCGGGACAAAGCUGCUAAGGACAAGAGCUGGCACGAGAUCUACCUCGAGUUCGAACCUUCAUACGACACACUCAAUGAAAACAAAAAGACUCUCAUUGGUAAUAUAAUCACGAGGAAAUGGUACAACGUCAGAGACUCGUACGUGAAGUCUCGGAAGCCGGGAGUACGGAGACCGUACUUGUACGCGGAGGAGAUGCAGUUCCUAGACCCCAUCUACUUGGUGGGAGAUAGGAAGAGUGAGAAGAGUUUCAUCGAGGAACGGAUAUCCAAUGACGACGACGCAGAUAAUGACAACUCACAUAAUUGGUUGCAAGAAGUGUUUGUGGACAUCGAGGAGGGCGGCGACACGCAGGCGGCCGUGUGUCCGCCCAAACGGGCCAAGGUCGAGUACGGCACGAGCAAAGAAGAGAACGAGGAGAACAUCGUGGCUGUACUCGCCAACCUCAUACAAAAGGAAGAAGACGAGGACAGAGCCUUCUUCAAAUCCAUCACUCCGUCCGUGAAGAAGCUGUCCGAGAGCGCCAAGUUCGAAUUUAGGAUACAAGUGAUGAAACUCAUUAACAGUUUAAAAAUUAGGGACCGACAAGUAGUGAACCUUAAACGAGAAAGGACUUCAAAUGUGGACUCAGAUUCUGAGUGAUUGUUUGUAGAUAUUAAAAUUAUUUUAAGG